AAAACUGCUAGAAGUAGCUCAGCACGUCCAGUGUGGGGAGAAGCUGUGAGGGUAACUUUGUUACUCUGUAACUUCGGAAUUUCCGCAAAAUAUUGUCCAAAUUGCCAAAACCCCUCGUGAUUUCAUGGGCUGCCCAUAGAGUGUGAGGUUUUGAGCUCAGUUUGCCCAGCGGGGGGCCUCGCCACUCACUCUUGUGACACUUUUUUUUGUGUACUGGAAAGAAUGUGGGAGACUGUUAGCCGGCUAGCUAGUUAGCAGCUAGCUAGCCGAGGAGGUGACACGGGCGGCAAGCAGCGCGAGAGAACAAAAGAUUUUUAUUAGGAUUUUUUUUUCUGUCUGUACUGACAACCAAGUCCAUGCAGAACGUGUUGUUAGCACCACAAAAUGCCCGUUUUACUUUUUCUGGUAGACACGUCCGCGUCCAUGAACCAGCGCAGCCAUCUGGGCACUACCUUUCUGGACAUAGCAAAAGGCGCUGUUGAGACUUUUAUGAAGCUCCGAGGGAGAGAUCCGGCGAGCCGAGGGGACCGGUACAUGUUGGUAAAUUAUGAAGACAUUCCGUUCGGGAUCAAGGCGGGGUGGAAAGAGAGCCACGCCACGUUCAUGACAGAGCUGAGGAACCUUCAGGCCACCGGCCUCACCAGCGUGGGCCAGUCUUUGAGGACUGCCUUUGACCUGCUCAAUCUCAAUAGACUAGUGACUGGCAUUGACAACUACGGGCAGGGAAGAAACCCAUUCUUCCUCGAGCCCGCUAUCAUCAUUGCCAUCACCGACGGCAACAAGUUGACCACCAGUGGAGGCAUCCAAGAUGAACUCCAUCUUCCCCUGACAACUCCACUACCUGGCAGUGAGCUGACUAAGGAGCCCUUCCGCUGGGACCAACGUCUGUUCGCGUUAGUGUUGCGCAUUCCCGGCCACGCAUCGGUGGAGCCUGAGCCGGUCGGUGGUGUCCCCUCCGAUGACUCGCCCAUCACACCCAUGUGCGAAGUGACCGGAGGGCGUUCAUACAGUGUGUUUUCUCAGCGAAUGUUGAAUCAGUGUCUAGAGUCUCUGGUCCAAAAGAUCCAGAGUGGUGUCGUCAUCAACUUCGAGAAGACCGGGCCGGACCCUCCCCCGCUCGAUGAUGCGCCACCAGAGGCAUUAAAGGCCGGCCCGCAGCCUUGGCACUGCUGCCACAAACUCAUCUACGUCCGGCCCAAUCCCAAAACAGGUGUUCCUAUUGGACACUGGCCUGUACCUGAGGCCUUCUGGCCAGACCAGAACUCCCCCACGCUGCCCCCCCGCUCGGCCCAUCCGCAUGUUCGUUUCUCCUGCUUGGACGCUGAGCCAAUGGUGAUCGAUAAGGUUCCUUUUGACAAGUACGAACUUGAGCCCUCACCGCUCACUCAGUACAUCUUGGAGAGGAAGUCUCCACACACCUGCUGGCAGGUGUUUGUAUGCAACAGUGCCAAGUACAGUGACCUCGGCCAGCCCUUUGGCUACUUGAAGGCCAGCACAGCGCUCAACUGCGUCAACCUUUUUGUCAUGCCCUACAACUAUCCUGUACUUCUACCACUUCUGGAUGAUCUGAUCAAAGUGCACAAGUUCAAGCCAACGCUCAAGUGGCGGCAGUCCUUUGAGAACUACCUGAAGACCAUGCCUCCGUACUAUAUUGGGUCCCUGAGGAAGGCAUUGAGGAUCAUGGGAGCUCCUAACCUUCUGGCGGACAACAUGGAAUAUGGCCUGAGCUACAGCGUAGUCUCCUACCUCAAGAAACUCAGCCAGCAGACCAAAAUGGAGUACGACCGCCUGAUCGCCUCCAUCGGGAAGAAGGCACCACCUGAGUCCGGUGUCAAGGUACGGUGGAGGGGAGGAGGGAUCUCGCUGGCCCAGCGCAGAGACUUCAUCCAACAGCUUCAGAGUUUCUCGGGUGAUGCCCCUGCACCUCUCCUAGAGCUCAACCCAAAAGAGUUCCAAGGCUUCCACCUAGCGCUCCUCAACAAGAGUCUCAAGCCUCAGAGCUUCCGGAAUCCAUAUGAUAUCCCCCGGAGUCACCUGCUGGACCAGCUCAGCCGCAUGAGGAGAAACCUUCUCAAUAGCACGGUCUGCACCCUCCGAGGCUACGACGCAGAUCAGCUACACAGCGUUCCCAUCGCCCAGAUGGGGAACUAUCAGGACUUCCUAAAGGCCGCUCCCCAGCCCCUCCGAGAUGCAGACCCCGAGCAACCUAAGCGUCUUCACACUUUUGGCAACCCCUUCAAGCUGGAUAAAAAGGGGAUGAUGAUUGACGAGGCUGAUGAGUUUGUGACGGGGCCUCAGAACAAAGGAAAAAGGCCUGCAGAUAACAAUAUGACGGGUGGCGGACCCAAGAGGAGGCGCUGCAUGUCGCCCCUGCUGCGCUUGGGUCGCGCCUACACGCCGCCCAUUACCCCUUCAGCCAGUCCCCGAGCUACUUCAGAUGUGGACGAGCGUGACGGAGAACCAGAACUGAUCAUCAACCACCUCAAUCAGAACCACUUAAGCAGCACGGACCCAAGCUCAGACUUGAAUGCAUUGGGUCAUGCUAACCCCCAAGAUAACCACUCUGGGCCACUGCACGCCCAGCACCGAGAGAAUGAGGAGGAGAAUGGUCAGCCGGGUGAGGAUGGCGAAGAAGGGGAAGAGGGUGGUGCCGAAGUGAUCCUGGUUGGGGAACACCCGCCCCGGUACCUUUCUCCCGCAGCUCUGAAGAAACACAUCCACAACGAGACCACCAAAGUCAACAACGAACUAAGGAGCCUCAUCACCAAGGAGAUCAGGAAGCCUGGCAGACACUACGAGAAGAUCUUCUACUUCCUAAAGCAAAUCCAAGGCAACCUGGACACUCAGCUCAUCUUCCUGCAAAACAUCAUCAAAGAGGCAGCCAGGUUUAAGAAACGUGUUCUGAUCGAGCAGCUGGAGAACCUCCUGGAAGAAAUCCACAAUAGAUCCAACGACAUGAACCAUGUAGACGCACUCUGACCGCCGCAUUGUCACCCUCCCAAAAUGAACUUCUAACUGACCCAAUAACAAAGAGGACUUAUUUUUUUGACUCACCACUUGCACAGAAAGUGUUGGUUUUCAGCCCGGAUGACGUGAGUACUUCCUCUGUUCUAUGGUCACAGAUGUGACAACUUCCUAUGUUGUUUUGGGCCUGUGGAACAAAUAGGUUUCGGUUUCUGUGAAACCAAGUCUACUGGUUGUCCCCCCUGACGAUCUAGAACAUUAGGGAGCACUCGACUGGUCGUACAACAUUUUUAAGUAGCACCUUGAGAGUUUUCAUCCCAAUUUGACUUUCUAUGAACACAAGCACUCCUCAUUGAUAGUCCGAACAAAGAUUGACAAGACUGGCUGGCACCAGAAACGCAGGUCGCUGACUGAGGGUCAACCAACUGGCCACACUUUAACCCAUGUUGUGAAACACACUCACUAAAACUGAUGUCUUGCAAGCGGUGAAAAGCAGACGAGUCUGGGACUGGUGGUUGACGACUGGGGACAGUCUGUUGACCGAAGGGAAACUGACAUUAGAAGUGCGAAUAACAAGUGCUCAACCAACAGGUGUCAGACAGUUGACAGACAUCUGAAUUUUCCACAAGCUGCUGCCAAAUAGUUGAACAAAGGUACCAGGGACGAAUCACAGUUGAUCAACCGACAAAUGACAACUGGUUACUGAUCUUUCACCAAACUGCGGUUGAUGUUUCACAAGUAAUUGACAGCUGACCAACAGACGAACUUGGACAGAUGGUCAAUUUAAUGGUGACACACAGUUGACAUCAGACAAGAGACCGGUGACCAUAAGAGGAGUUAGACACAAUCAAAGGGUGACCGAUGAUUUACCAUUUGCAACUGUUGUCUUGCAAGCAACUAACUGAUGGUGACCCAAGAACCCGUCUCAUAAUUGCGAUCAACCAUCUGGCAACCACAUUAUUGAUAAUCGACAACUUGCAUUUGACAAUGGUGACAAACAAAGAUGUCUGACUGAGAUUCACGUGAUAGGUGACCACUUGGUUGAUUGGUGGUAACUGAUGUCUUGCAACCAAGUGACUAAUGACCAUCAGAAAAAUCUUUCCCAACCAAAGGGUGACAGAUAGUUGAUCAAAGGGCACUUGACAUUUGACAAGCACUUGACUGGUGACCAACAAAAAAGUAUUAGACCUGGGACCAGGCAGCUGGUGACUGAUGGUUGACCGAAUGUAACUGAAGCUGGAUGGUGAGCAACAGAUGAUAUUCAUUCUGCUGCUCAAUCAACAAGUGACCAGAUGGUUAACCAAACAGUGACUGACAUGUGACAAAUGACUGGUGGUGCUGAUCAAACAAGUGUCUGACAGGUGAUCAGACUCAUGGUAACUUAUGCCUUGCAAUCAUUUUACCCUAAUCCAAACUAAGAGUGACUAAUUGGUUGACCAAAGAGCAACUGACGUCUGACAGCUAUUUGACUGGUGACCAAUGAAUGAAUAAUUCAGAUUAGUGGAGACUGCAGGUUGAUUACUGACUAGUGAUCAGCCAACAGGUAAUCAGACUGUUGACUAAAGGGUGACUGACAGUUGACAAGCCAUUCUAAGAAGAUUAACAGACUGGUGGUCAACCGACAGGAAACCAGAUGGCUGACAAAUGGUAGUGAUAUCUCGCAAGCAACUCACUUACUGUCGGUCAACCCGCAGGUGACAGAUGGUUGACCAAAAGGUGACUGUCUGAUGUGGUUGAACGGUAACUUUUUAUUAACCCCUUGCUUAACCAACAAGUAACCAAAGAGGAAAAAUGAGCAAGUGGCAACUGACAAGAAGACUCAAGGGCGACUGAUAGAUGCACAAAAAAACAUUGCCUAACGGAUGACUGACAAGUGAAUUGAGAUGGACUGUCUCAUGGGUUAAUGGGCAACCGAAGAGCGAAUUAGAGCGUGGUGACACAAGGGUAACUACUGACUGAUCCAUGGAGGCACAGAAUAAGUGACCACAGGUUGUGAGACUUGUGAAUAAGUCAGACUUGUUAGAGUGGCGACCAACAUGUGCCUGACUGGUGACCACUGGCCAAGCUGACAGUAAGUGCUUGACCAACACGCUACUAUAGACCAAAUUGUUUGACAUACUGGUACAGUGUGUGUCACCCGGCGAGCAGCAACAAAUGAGUUAAUGUGAUUGGUCAGCAGUACUGACAGGGACAAAAAGCUCAGGAAGUGACAUUUAAUCUUGAACUCACAUGCACUUGUGUACAUUUGCAGGCAUAUUUUAAUGUCAUUGAGAAGAGCGCCAUGUUGUCUGUAAAUGUGAUUUCUUUGGGCGGCCUCUGAAAUCCUUAAAUCACGCAAACAUAACUUACUUUGUAAUUUCUUUGGUUUGUUCCGAGUGCUCCAAACCGCGCUAACGUGCGUGGCGUUGCAGUUUUUUGGGCUGGUUCUCUAAUUUUUAAUGCCAUGCAAAAACAUGAUUUGCUUUCUGACCUGGACCAAAAUCUGCCAUAGGUGUGUUUGUUUGUUUUUGAGCAGGCUACCAAAAGAGUAUUUUGAAUACACUGUAAAGCUGUACAUAACUCUAGAGUAAUAUUUAAAAGAUGUUGUGGUGGACAAAAUAAUAAUGGCCUUUUUGUAAGUAUUUCCAUGAAUAAAAGUCUCUAUUUUA